UUUCCUAAAGGAAACCUCCCAUCCAGAUGAAGCUGCUGCGGCUUUGAGAGCUCGGGAAAAGGAAGAGGAAGGACGCACUGCAGAGGCGGCGGAGCCAUGGGGAAUGUACAGGAGAAGCCCCCCGGCAGCAUAGGAGGAGUAUCCAGACCGGACCAGACAAAAAGGGGGCCCACAGAGAACAGGAGCGAAACCAAAGGGGUGAUCAACGGAAGCGCCGAGAGGAUCCCAGCCCCCCAGCUCCUUGUGAUGGACGAAAGUUAUCUGGAUGCCCCAGCAGGGGGCCUCCCCCCCAAUCUAGCCCGCAUCAAGAAUGAGGGCAACUCUCUCUUCAAACAUGGACAGUUUGGGGACGCUCUGGACAAGUACAGCCAGGCCAUUGACGGAUGUGCUCAAGCAGGCAUCAGCAACCCUGAAGACUUGUGCAUUCUGUACUCCAACCGAGCCGCCUGCUACCUAAAGGACGGCAACAGCGCCGACUGCAUAGAGGACUGCACCAAGGCCCUGCAGCUGCAGCCGUUCUACCUGAAGGCGCUGCUGCGAAGAGCCAUGGCCUACGAGUCACUGGAGCGCUACCACAAGGCCUACGUGGAUUACAAAACCGUCCUGCAGCUGGACACCGGCGUGCAAGCGGCUCAUGACGGUGUUCACAGGAUCACCAGGAUGCUGAUCGAGCAGGACGGGCCUGAGUGGCGAGAGAAACUUCCGCGUAUUCCCGCCGUGCCGCUAGCGGUGCAGCGGGAACACCGCGAGAAACCCGCCAGCGUCCAGCAGGCCCAAGCGAGGGCGGCCUGGGCCUCGCAGGAGGAAGCCAGGCGAAAGGAAUCCCGCUUGAGCGCGUUGAAACAUGAAGGCAACGAGCUGGUGAAGAAAGGUCACUUUCAGGACGCUCUGCAUAAGUACAGUCAAUGCCUGGCCUUAAAACCGGACGAAUGUGCUCUCUACACUAACAGAGCCAUCUGCCUUCUGAAGCUGAGCCGCUUUCAGGAGGCCAAGCAGGACUGUGACUCUGCUGUCCGUCUGGAGCCCACCAACAAGAAAGCCUUCUACAGACGAGCGCUAGCCCACAAGGGUCUGCAGGACUUCCUGUCAGCCAGCGGUGACUUGCAGGAGGUCCUCCAGCUGGACCCCAACGUCAAGGAGGCCGAGCAGGAACUACUAGAGGUCACCGCCCUGCUCAGACAGAGCCUCAUGGACGACGCAGUGCACACGUAGAGAGAGGGGCACGAUGCAAACGUUACCUCUGCCAAGAUUUGCAGCUGAGGUGCUUACAAGGGUUGUCAAGUGUGAAAACCUCAAAAAGGAGCAGAGCGAUAUCAACACAAGGUGGAGUGAAAACUAAAGUGUUACGAGUGUGCCUUAGUCAGUUAUGAUGCAAUAUGCCAAGUUUGACUGCAGUUUAGUUUUGAGGAACUCAUGUACAGUGGAAAUUCAGAAGUGUUUUUGAUGCGGUUUUAUUCUAUUAUGACGUCAAGUGCACGUGUUGCAUGUACUUUGGGUAAAUAGCACAAUUGUACAAAAUUAAAAAAGAGACUUGAUUUGAGAAAUUUUAUUCUUUAAAGAUAUGCAUUUGGAUGCACAUUACAAAGCCAAAAAUGAGUAAAUAUAUGCUUUCUCCAGAAUGAAAAAAGUUACUGUAAAUAAACUCCUCGUUUGUUGUUAGCAUUCGGAGACUUAAAAGGAGCUGUAUCAUGCUAUUUUAAACUUUCCAAAGCGAAUUAUAUAAAGAUUUAUGAUUACCUUUGGCACAAGGGCAAUCUAAUUAGAAAACACCACUUUGGGCAUGUAUUUAUUGAGGAAUCGGGAUUUUAACAGCUCCAGACAAAUUGAUUUAGCAUGAUAUGGCUCCUUUAUGGUAUUUUGAUGACAAUGAAGAGGGGAAAAAGAUUUCCCCAAAAGGCAACAGCGUAUUUGCAUUCAAUUGUGAGCGAAAGGGGCGAAAACGGUGACGAUAUAAAAUGUGAAACAUUUAAAGGAGAAUACGAGUUAAAAUACUUAAUGACCAAAUGAAGCAUUUGUUGUACAACUGCUACACAACUUAACUACAACUUUGGCGAAACGAGAAGCAAUGAAACGCUUUUUAGUGACAUGAUUUUUUAUUUUUUUUUGCAUAGAGUUUGUCGAUAACAUAAUUUUGUCAAAUUUAUGUAAACUUAAAGAAAAAAAAAAAAAGGUUCAGACCCGACACAGGGCUGAGAUGUUUGAAAAAGACUUUCCCCAAAAAUGGAAAAUAUGCAAUAAUAAAGCACUUUUGCACAUACAAUAAUAAAUGUUAAAAAGAAAAAUGUAUUGACUCAUAACUGUGCUACUAAAUGGUCCCUCCCUGUAAGAAUGGGUGGCACGGUGGUGGAUAUUUUGUGGGUUUUUUUAAAUCUCCACCUUUGCUUUUAAAGAGCAAGCACAUUACUUGCACAUGUACAUUCAAGUUGACCUUCGGUUAAACCAUUUUGACUCCUUCCACCCUUCACUACCAACCCUGUGACAUUCCACUUCCUGUUUUCCACAACGACACUUAAGACAGACGGUUCGUGAGGAGCGAGUUUUUUUUUCUUUUCUUUUCUAGAUGUCUGUUGAGGUGCAGUCACGAGUGUCGGCGGAGGCAGCGUCUUCGGUGAUAUACAGAACCUCGCUGGGCGAAGACGUGUGGUGCUGGCUGCAGGCGGUGGGGUGGCUCCUCCGAGGCGGCAGCUGCUCCAGGCGAUCGUGCUCCACCUCAGGCAGCGACAUGACUGCCGGCGCGUCGCUCGGCUCGCCCUCCCUGGGCGCUUCCGUCUCGCUGAGCUCCGCCGACAGGCGGCUGCAGUGCGAGUCGGCCACUGACGGCAGACUGCCGCUCAGCGACGGCGAGUCCAAUUCGGACGAGAUGGUGCUGCGGCGUUCUACGUCUCCGUGUAUGUGGUUGACUUUGGACUCCGCUUUGCCUCCGCCGCGUUUCCACAGCUUCCCUUUGCUCUUCUUGUCCCCCGCCAAGGAGGACGCCUCUUUUAGGUGGCUGCUAGCGCCAUCCAGGCUGCUGCUGACGCUGCAGUGUCGCACCUUCUCCUCUUUGGACUCCACGUCUGCUUGCACCUCCAGGCUGUUGUCUCUGCAUAGCACGCAUCAACACAAAAUACUUUCAAACACAUAUCAAGGCAUCACUAAUUCACAGCAGUGUGCCUUGUAGUAAGUCUGCUUGCAAAUACUGUUGAUGACCCUCAGGUGAAUGUGGUUCGGUUAUGCUGAGGAACUGUUCAUGUAACAUGGAAUUCAUAAAUGUGUCCAUGCUAAAAUUAAGUUUUAUGAGCCACUCAAUUUUAAUUGCUUCUUUAAGCAAUUAGAAAUUCCAGGGAAUGACAUUAUUUACAGAGUUCUGCCAUUUCCAGUUAUUGAGAGCCGUAUACAUGCUGUACACAACUUGGCCACUAAGGGGCAGUGUGGGCCCUUGCGUUGAGAUACAACUGGUAGUGCGUUAAGAAGCCGAAGAAGAGAGCCGCAAGGAAAACCGCGAUAAAGUUUCGACAAUAAAACUUUUUUUCCAGCCUACGAAAAGCAUAUAUACCUGUGAGUAUUGUUGAAAAGCCUGUCUGUGUACCUUCCUGUAUCGUUUUUGUAUGAAGUUUGAGGGGUUUAAGUGGAGUCGGUAGCGCGCUAAUUGGCGACAGGUACGUAUGGCGCUUUCUGUCGUGUAUUAGCAUUGCUAGCUAUGUUGGUGAAUUAAUAUAAAACGAGUUGAGUGUGAACUAUGUUAAUUUUCUUUGUGCGCUUGGUUAUACGGGUUAUUUCAGCUGGG